AUAUGCUGAACUUUACUUGCGUUUGCAUUCCGACUCGGUCUUUUCAGUAAGAGGGAUGGGGCUCUUACCAAGCACAAGCAUUUUAUGUAUACUUGUCUUCAUUGCAGUCCUGUCAGGGGGAUAUGUUCGAUGGGUCGAGGCCCAGCACUGCGUGUGGUAUGGUGAGUGUGGGGAGUCCGAAAAGGUGCCCGGAAAAAAGUACAACUGCAACUACACUGGUCCUCCCAUCCCGUUACACUCUGAGGGUUAUGACCUUCUCACGGAACUUUGUCCUGGAUAUGACUAUGGAAACCGAAGCCUCUGCUGUGAUGUUGACCAGUUGCGCACUCUCAAAGGGAGUCUCCAGCUGCCCCUUCAGUUUUUGUCUCGGUGUCCUGCCUGUUUCGUCAAUCUGAUGAACCUCUUCUGUGAGCUGACAUGCAGCCCCUACCAGAGUCAGUUCAUGAAUGCCACCAAGAUCAAUGCGACCAGUGUACUCGAAGUGCAGUACUAUAUUGGACAAACAUUUGCCAAUGCCAUGUACAAUGCCUGUAAGGACGUCCAGGCACCAUCAAGCAAUGUCAAGGCCUUAUCACUGCUAUGUGGCAAGGAUGCAAAGGACUGCAAUGCUACUAACUGGAUCCAGUACAUGUUUGAUAUUAACAAUGGACAGACUCCCUUCCCUAUCAUCCCGAUAUUCACAGAUGUCCCGGUGUCUGGUUACACUCCCAUGAACAACAAGACAUAUGACUGCACCGAGGGCUUAGAGGACGGCUCGGGUCCUUGUUCCUGUCAGGACUGCACAAACGCCUGUGGGCCCAAACCUGUACCUCCCCCUCUCCCCCCACCCUGGACAAUCUUUGGCAUCGAUGCCAUGACUGUAAUCAUGUGGAUCUCUUACAUGGCCUUCCUGCUUAUUUUUGGAGCUGUACUAGUAGCAUGGUGUUACAGGAAAAGGACAAUAAUGUCAGAGUAUGGCCCCAUACAGGACAGUAAUAAUCCGCUGUCUCUCAACAGUGAUAAUGCUGACCAAGAAAAUGCAUCAUGCUGUGAAAUUCUUGGUGAGCGCUUCGAGACUGCACUGCAGACCCUCUUCAACUACUGGGGUUCCUUCUGUGUGCGGCAUCCCUCUUUGGUCAUACUGGGCAGCCUGAUACUUGUGGUAGCCUCCUCUGGGGGACUGGUCUAUAUGCGCAUCACCACUGACCCUGUUGAUCUGUGGUCGUCUCCCACUAGCCAGGCCCGUCAAGAGAAGGACUAUUUUGACAGCCACUUUGGACCCUUCUUUAGAACUGUACAGCUCAUUAUAACCACUCCUAUCAACAACACUUUCAUCUACUCCCCAUACAUUGGUGGAUCAGAUGUCCCAUUUGGAGCCAUACUGGACAAGGACAUCCUGCACCAGGUGCUGGAUUUGCAGCUGGACAUCGAAGCCCUUGUGGCCACAUACGAGGGUCAAAACGUCGCUCUGAAGGACAUCUGCUUGGCUCCACUGGCCCCGUACAAUGAUAACUGUACCAUCUUGAGUGUCCUCAACUACUUCCAGAACAGCCACGCUGUGUUGGACCACAGCAUAGGAGAUGACUUCUUUGUCUAUGCUGACUAUCACAGCCACUUCCUCUACUGCGUCAGUGCGCCAGCAUCCCUUAACGACACCACUCUCCUCCAUGACCCUUGUUUAGGCACAUUUGGGGGCCCUGUCUUCCCAUGGCUGGCUCUUGGGGGUUAUGAUGACACCAACUACAACAAUGCCACCGCUCUAGUGAUCACCUUUCCACUCAACAACUACCUGAACGACUCAGUCAGGCUGGGAAAAGCUCUGGCAUGGGAGAAAGAAUUCAUCAAAUUCAUGAAGAACUUCAAAAACCCCAACCUGACCAUAGCGUUCAGUGCAGAGAGGAGUAUUGAAGAUGAAAUUGACAGAGAGAGCAACAGUGACAUCAGCACCAUAGUAAUCAGCUAUGCCAUUAUGUUCAUCUACAUCUCCUUGGCACUGGGUCGCAUCCACAGCUUCAGGAGAGUGAUGGUGGACUCUAAGAUUUCUCUGGGUAUAGCGGGUAUCCUGAUUGUGCUCAGCUCUGUGGCCUCCUCACUCGGGAUCUUCAGCUAUGCCGGUAUCCCUCUCACACUUAUUGUAAUUGAGGUCAUUCCCUUCCUGGUGCUCGCUGUUGGAGUGGACAACAUCUUUAUUAUAGUGCAAACAUACCAGAGGGAUGAGAGGAUGCCACAGGAGGAACUUCACCAGCAGAUUGGCCGUAUUCUUGGAGACGUUGCCCCUAGCAUAUUCCUCUCCUCAUUCUCUGAGACAGUGGCCUUCUUCCUGGGAGCCUUGUCAAACAUGCCCGCGGUGAGGACUUUCUCUCUGUUUGCUGGAUUGGCUGUUUUUAUUGAUUUCCUGUUGCAGAUAAGUUGCUUUGUCAGCUUGCUCGGCUUGGACGCUAGAAGACAGGAGGCUAAUCGACUUGAUAUCAUGUGCUGUGUGAAGCUGCCAGAAGGCCAGGAAACAAAGACGAAUGGUUUCCUCUUCCGUUUUUUCAAGAAAGUCUAUGCCCCAUUCAUCCUCAAAGAGUGGGUACGACCUAUCAUAAUGGCAGUGUUUGUCGGAAUACUCUCCUUCAGUAUUGCUGUAGUGAACAAAGUAGAGAUUGGACUGGACCAGAAAUUAUCGAUACCUGAUGACUCAUACGUGCUGGACUACUUUAAGAACAUGGGCGAGUACCUCCACACUGGAGCUCCAGUUUACUUUGUGGUAGAGGAUGGUCUCAACUACAGUAGCCCGGAGGGCCAGAAUCUUGUAUGUGGAGGAGUGGGCUGCAGCAACAACUCCCUGGUCCAGCAGGUCUACGCAGCCUCACUAAUCAGCAACUACACAACCAUUGCCUUCACACCGUCCUCCUGGCUGGAUGACUAUUUUGACUGGGUCAAGCCUCAGUCCACCUGCUGUCGAUACUACAACACCACUGGGGCGUUCUGCAAUGCCUCGGUGGUAAACUCAUCUUGUGUGCACUGUCGGCCCAUGACUCCUGCUGGAAAGCAAAGGCCUGUAGGAGAAGACUUCAUGCAGUUUCUACCCAUGUUCCUGUCAGAUAAUCCCAACGUCAAGUGUGGAAAAGGCGGCCAUGCAGCCUAUGCCACAGCAGUUGACCUGUAUCCCAACAAGACAGGGGUGGGAGCCACUUACUUUAUGACUUACCACACCAUCUUGAAGGAUUCCCCAGACUUCAUAAAUGCUCUGAAAAUGGCCCGAAUUCUGUCUGAAAAUAUCAGUCAGUCCAUGGACCACAAAGUUUUUGCUUACAGCAUCUUCUAUGUGUUUUACGAGCAGUACCUCACCAUUGCGUAUGACACAGCUCUGAACUUAAGCGUGUCACUGGCAGCCAUAUUUGUGGUGACAACGGUGUUGCUGGGCUUCGAGGUGUGGGCAGCUGUGCUCGUCAGCCUUACCAUUGCCAUGAUCCUGGUCAACAUGUUCGGCGUCAUGUGGCUGUGGGGUAUCAGCCUCAAUGCGGUUUCUUUGGUGAACUUGGUCAUGAGUUGUGGCAUCUCAGUGGAGUUCUGCAGUCACAUUGUGCGAGCAUUUUCCAUCAGUGUGAAGAAGAACAGAGUGGAGCGUGCUGAAGAGGCUUUGGCUCACAUGGGCAGUUCUGUAUUCAGCGGGAUCACAUUAACAAAGUUUGGAGGUCUCUCAAUCCUUGCGCUUUCCAAGUCGCAGAUCUUCCAGGUCUUCUAUUUUAGGAUGUAUUUGGCCAUAGUGCUUCUGGGGGCCACACACGGCCUCAUCUUCCUCCCUGUACUGCUCAGCUAUAUCGGUCCUUCGGUGAACAAAGCAAAGGUGUUUGCUGCUAAUCAGCGCUACAGUGGUACAGAAAGGGAGCGCCUCCUCAACUACUAGCAGGCUGUUUGGGACGAUGAACAAUGAACUAACUGUUUGUCUGGGAGGGACUAUGUGGGUGGGAGCGCAAGCAGUUUCUGUGAUUACUGACAAACUCAUUGUCGUUGCCACUACUAUGCACGGAUUUAACUCAGGAAUAUACUUGGGAUAGGAAUGCCAGAGGCUUUGUUCAGCUGAAUACUUAUUGACUUCUGCAGAAGACUUUGGACCCCCCACCAUUGCUCCUCACAUUUCAGGACAAGCCUGACUUCAAUGUUCGAAGCAUGACCGACACACUAUUGUACAGGAAGCAACGCUCUGACAGUGUGGAAGUAGGAGAGACACCACCCCCGACAUCGCUCCACAGAAAAAUCCUCAGUCAGAUCCAAAUGCUAUGAGCUAACUCAAAAGGGUAAAACGUGUCAGUUUUUUUCAUAUUUUUAAAUAUAUACCAGAAAAAAACUAUGUAAAAUAGAGCUGACCUUUUUUUUUUUUGCAAGCAUUAACUUAUGUGGGACUUUUGUAUAACUAUUUGAUAUUAUGAAUCACUUAUUGACUGCUACACGGCACAUACUGGAACCACCAGAUAACGAUAGUGACAUCAUAAGCACUCAUAAUACCUGGCAUUAACAUGAAUCAUCAGAGCUGUGUCUACGUACUGUAUUAUAAAGCGGACAGGCUAGUUGUAGCAUUUUCACCUAAAGGGUACUUUAAUAUGUGCUUCCUGUGCACAUACAGAAAAAGUGUUUUUGUCUUAGCAGCUUGUAGAAAAAGGGACAGUCUGGAUUUGAAAUGAAAUGGUGUCUUUGAGGUUUAAAUGCUGGUUUUCACUUUCUUUGUUAACAAAUGUACUGGGAGAGCAGUGCAGGAAUUGUAGCCCUUUAGUCUAUGGGAGCAUACGUAAAAAAAAAAAUGCUACAGUUUCCUCAUGGAUGUGGAUAUAAACCCCCUCAACGCUUAAACCUCACAGUCAUUGUUUCGUUUCAGAUUCAAUUUACUGGAAUACAGAGCCAAAACAAAAGGCAUGUUUAUCUCCAAAUCUCCUCCUGCCGUGUCUUUUAUUCCCACGUUGGUAGCUAUUUACAUUAUGCUGUGCCUCAUCUCAUUUUAGAGUUGGUUAAUGUAUCUUAAUUGUCCUUUUGAGAUAUAUGCAUGACUAGAUUGUUAGUCCAUCUUGGGUGCAUGUAGAAAUGGCUACAGCAAAAACCACUGUCUGACAUCAGUCAAGAUACAUGUUGAUGCCAGGUGUAAAGGGUACUUUAAUGCUAAUAAUGGUUUUACAUUGAUGUAUAAAUGAGACAUUUUGCAGUUACCGAACAAAACCUUUGUUGCAUCGAGAGCUGGAGAGACACAGCUUCAUAUUUAACUGUAAAUAGCAUACAUACGACUAACUUAGAUUAAUCUUUGGUCGUCUAGAGUAUUAUAUACAGAAUUCUGUAGAAUGACUGAGUUUUUCAUUCCUACAUAUUUAAGUUGUUAUUUUUGUGAUUUUCUGUUACUGAUUAACAUUCUGUUACUUUGCAUUGCCGUCCUUGCGAGUAAGUUCCCCAAAGGAAUUACUUGGCUUCAAGGAAAAAACAACUUUGUUUGGCUUAUUUUAAAAACAAAACAAAACAAAAUGGAAAAAAAAACUUCACAUCCCAGAACCUUGUUCACUUGCACACCCUGCACUUCAACAUGUCCAAGAUAUUGACUAGUGAAGCUGAUCAUGUUGCGCCUUAAUCAGGGUGGUGCACUGUCACUGAUUUAAUUUGUACGGGGCUGAGACAAUACUGGAAGAGGAAGAGGUUAACGUUUUACCCAAGAUGUAUAAAAUCUGCUUGGACCUUUAAAGGAACUGUAUCAUUCCGUGUUUUUAGCUUUUCUGCCCCCCCCCUACUGAUGCAGUAAUGUUUUUCGGAAUGUAAGACGGAAUUGUGUCGAAACGAAGAAACCGUACGGAACAAAUGUUUAUGAGCAACUGACUGAAAAAAGCUGUAACAUGAAUAAGGAAGAAUUGUGCUUGUUAACAGUGCUGUGCAUUGACAUGGACAAAUAGUCUCUGACAUUGAAGACUAAACCAAGCACUGUGAUAAUUUAGUUUUUAACAAUUUUACAAUAUAUUCACCUCUAUGAAUUUAUUUCUUGUCCCCAAAUUUUUGUCCUAUACUAAUGUUUCUGCAGAUGUACAAUUGAUUUAACAUUAUGUAGUACUUAAGUUAGAAUAAGAUACCAGUUAAACAUAAGAAGCCACAGUUUCUCUUAAGUCACAUCUUGCUUUUCAGCUCCUGUCUGAAGAAGACUUUUUGGAAGAAGAUGUGCUGUAAUUUAGUUCUUCUAAGAAGAAUAGUGUCUGCUGCUGUCGCAUAAACCACGCACACAUUUUUUGAGAUUUUUCAGACUGACCACAGCGUGGCGUCAUCCAUUCAUGAAGCUCUGUCUGCGUCACAGUCCCAGUAAUGUAGUGGGAGUGACCUAAUUUUUAUGCCUUGAAGAGCAGCAGCCUUGCAAUGCUUUUCACUUCGUCAGUUAAUUAAAUAUGUGCAGGUUGUCGGCAUUUCAAAUGCAGAGUUAGCAGAGCCUAACUGAGCUGCUUGUUCACCAUCUAAAUCGGAAACCUUUGGAGAUUUACACUAAAACUACAGAGGCGAUCAGUCACUCACAUCCCAUUCGAAAGUCUCUGCCAAACCCGCAGCCGUGAAUUUCCUCCCAGUGUGUGUUGUUGUCACUGGCUGUCCAGCCCUGUUGUCACACAAACCUCCGGCUCAUGAGUUAUUUAUCCGCUGCCCUGUGAGAGUGGGGACUGUUCUUUGAAUCUGGCUGAGAGAUUAAAAUAUUAAUUUCCUCUGCAGGUCUGCUGUGCUGUCUGCAGGGGAGAAUAUAAAGGUUGUGAGAGAACUAUUAUGUAAGAUGUGCAAGGAUCGCCUCUUGCUACACUCUGACCUGCCCCCACCUUUUAUUGUGCACGCAUAUACUGUACAGCAGGAGUAUUGUAGUUUAAUAGGGUUUGAAAAACAUCUUAUUAAAAGAAAAUUAGAAAAAGAAAAAAAAAAUAAAAUUGGAGUCUUAGAUAAAAUUAACCCCACAUUUUUGGCUAAAAACCAAUUGGAGUGGAACACAGAAUUGAAUGGCUCUACCUAUUUGAGUACUGUGAAGAUUACAGUGGCUUUUAAUGCUAUUUUAAAUAUUAGACAAAUUUUUCUCAAGGGUGACUCCUAACAUAAAAAAAAAAAUAUUAGCAUAAAAAAAAAUCAGUUUAGCCUCAGGGUUUUUCAUCAUGUGACAGUUGUCUCUAUUAAUAGCAAAUGCACUCAAAGUAGGUUUCAUUUAUGUAAAAAAGUUAAAAUAUAUUGUGUCAUUUCCUGCAGACAAAGUCACUCAGGAUGAUUCUGUUAUGAAAGAAGUUUUCAUUAUAUAAUUGCUCUGAUGUGAAGUGAAUCUCCCGCCCACUGAACGUCUGCUGUUUGAUUGAUGGUGACCCUGGAUUAUCAAUCCCUGGAAUUUAAUUUUUUAAUCUAGAAAAUAAUCUCUCAAUAAUCUGUUAACUAAUACAGCUCAGGAGCUCUAAUUACAACAAUCAUGUUGUGGAAUUGAACGGUUGUGCGCGGGAUAAGAGGUGUAUGUGUAGAGGUAGUUAUCCAAGUGUGAUUCCACCACAACUAUUACUGUUUUAAUAUGGGUACAGGAAUCGCAAGGUGACAUAAUCCAAAACCUUGACUUUGUCCAGUGAGAGCACAUAUUAAACCAAGCGACUCAGAAAAGGCUCUAAUGGUGUUUAUUACAUUAGUAUUAGGAGUGCUAGAACCAGCUAUGCUUCUUAAUACUGGUUUAUUAUCAGAUAGCGUGUGCAUCACUUCUGCGUCUUAAACUAAUUUUUUAAAAGAAUAUAGAGUGUACUGUGUUCAGACCUGGUCCUAUCUGUGCUUUCCUGGUGUUUCCUGCCACAGUUGUCCUUGAACUCACAUUGGGGCCUCUACUACACCUGCCUAAAAAAGUUGAU